AUGCCAAAUCGCUUUCGAAAACGUUCUCAUAUACUUUAUAUACUUGUUACACUUAAUAUUAUUUUUUUUCUUGUGGUUUAUCGUCGUCUUAUAUUAAUAACUUCAUCAUCAGUAAUAUCAUCCGUUGAUUUAUCAAUAGCAUCAUUCAAUGAAAAUAAUUUAGAUGGACAAAAUGAUUUAUAUUCAUCAUUAUCUUCAUCUAUUUGUUAUAUACCUACAUUUGAUCCAUGGGAUCAAACUGUAGCAAAAACAAUACGUAUUAAACCAAUUUAUCGUUGUCCAAUGAAUAAACAAAGUUUAAUAAAUAUUAUUGAUAAUACUCAAUUAGUUUUUAAUCAAACAGUUAAUGAAACAUUUUAUUCAUCAUCAAUAACACAUUGUGUUUAUUUAAAAGUUGGUAGAAAUUCAGAAGAAAAAUUUUUUCGUGAUUGGUCUUAUACCUUAUCUGAACCUAUAUUAAUUGUUAAUGGACGUACAGAUUCAAUUACAGAUGUUGAUUUUGUUCUCACACGAUGUUAUAAUGAUAGGCAAGGAUAUUUUAAUGGAACAGAAUUUUGUGGUUAUAAAUGUUUGAAUACUAUUAAAAUAAAUCCAGUCGAUAAAAAAGCUUCACCAACAACACCGAAAAGUCCUGGACUUGUCUAUGAAUAUAUUCAUCCAUUAAUACGUCUUAAAAAACCGCGAUUUUCACGUGAUGUAUGGUUAAAUAAAGAAAAUUCCAAUUGGAUUUCAAAAUUAUUACCAUCAUCAUUAUCAAAUCGUUCACCGCCAUCUGUAAUUAUGGUUAUACUUGAUGCUGUAAGCGAUUUACAAGCACGUCGAGCAUUACCGCAAACACUUUCAUAUUUAAAAUCUCAAGGUUUAUUUACAUUUCAACGUCAUGCAAUUGUUGGUGAUGGUACAUUUGAAAAUAUUGUUCCCAUGUUAUUUGGUCAACCAUCAACUAAUUAUCAAAAACCGAAUAUGAAUGAUAGUCGUUAUGAAUUUCCUCGAACAGAAAUAAAAGUUGAUAAGAAAACUAAAAAACGUUAUCAAAUUAAAAAAAUUGUUCAUUAUCCAGGACCUUAUGAUGAUUAUCCAUUUAUUUUAAAAAACUUUUCAAAAUUAAAUUAUACAACUUUUUUUAGUGAAGAAUGGCGUGAAAGUGCAUUUUAUAAUUUAAAAAAUGGUUUUCGUCAACAACCAACAGAUUUUUAUUUACGACCUUAUUGGUUAGCUUUAUAUGAAACAAUGUCCUAUAAUAAAUAUGGAGGAAAUUCAAAUCCUAAACCGUGUUAUUUAAAUAAAUUAUUACAUUUUUUAUCGUUAGAUUGGCUUGAAAGAUUUCUAACUGUUCAUCAUAAAACACCAGAUUAUCCAACAUUUGGUAUUAUGAAAAUGAAUGAAAUGAGUCAUGAUUAUUUAGAAAGAUUAUUUUGGAUUGAUUAUGAUUUAAAAAAUUUUUUUGAAAAUUUAUUUCAAAAAAAUUUAUUAAAUAACACAAUAUUAAUUUUUUGUGGUGAUCAUGGUCAUAGACAACAUCGUUUACGGCAAACACGUAUUGGAAGUUUUGAAGUUAAAUUACCAUUUUUUUCGAUGUUAUUUCCUCAAUCAUAUAAACAACAAUUUCCACAAGCAAUGAAAAAUUUAAAAAAUAACGAACAAAUGUUAACAUCUUGGUGGGAUGUUUAUGAAACGUUAGCAAAUAUUUUAAAAAUGGUUGAAGAACCCAAUAUAUUUGAUCCACUUCUAGUCAAUUGGCGUUCAACAACAACAGGUAUAUCACUUUUUCAUCCAAUACCAGAACGAAAUUGUUCAUCAGCUGGUAUUCCCGAAAAAUAUUGUCCCUGUUCACGUAGUACUCCAUUAGAUAUAACAUUACCUGUCAUUAAAGAAUUAGCAUUAGCUAGUAUUGAUCAUAUAACUAAUGUUAAAUUAAAAUCGCAUAUGCAUCUAUGUCUUCCACUUGAACUUAAAACAAUAAUUCGAGCUGAAGUUGAAAAAUUGGUCAUACCAAAAAUAGUUAAUAAUAAAACAGCAGCAGUUAAUUUUACUCAUUCAUAUACAGUUCUUUUUGAAGUAUCACCAUCGGGUGGUAUAUUUGAAAGUCGUCUUCUUUAUCAUGAACAAACAAAAAAAAUACAGCUACAUAGUGAUAUUCUUCGUGUUAAUCUUUAUGGUCAAACAUCAGCAUGUAUUCAAGAUAAAUAUGAAUUACGUUCUUUUUGUUAUUGUAUUUCCUAUCAUCAAAAAUUAAAAAAUAAUCAAUCUUCAUCUAUUACAGUACAAUACGCAUCUAAUACAACAGUAAUCAAUUCAACGACAACUAUUAAAAACUGA